GCGUCAUUGGAGGAGAGCUUUGCCUUUGCACGGAGCUAGCGUUAGCCAGCUAGGCAUCACACUAGAUACAUUCUCUAACAAAACCUAGGCCAAGGAUAUUCGAGCCAAAUUAUAACACGUUUUUUAUUCAUUUGUAUUUGUGUAUACAGAUUAUUAUAGUUUAGGGCAGGGAGUGUGUCAUCAUUAAUUGUGCUUGCUGUUAGCUACUUGGCUGCAGCCGUCAGCCUCCUCAUGAAGCCUUCCUGACCUAGACGGUGAUAACGUUACAGACAGGGCAUUUGCUUCACAGUGUCUCUAACAGGCGGUAGCAUUUACUUAGUUUGCAGACCAAUAGAUGCGUUAUUAUCAUGUAUCCUCUAGCAUACUCCGCUGUCACUUGUUCAGCAAGGUCAUUUGUGAAUCGCAGUGUUUUCUGUAAUUCAAUUGACAGCCCGUUUCUUAGUAGACAGCAGAGGUGGUGCUGCAGCUCAGAAACUGAAUUAGUGAAUUAGCACGUUAAUUGUACUUUCACUAGCAUAGAUAUUUCAAUCCAAGUAAGACUUACUAGUAAUGUAAGGCAGAAGAUCCCUGUUGUUGGGUCUUGUCUGUAGCAUUUGCUCUUAAUUUAUACCACCUGGUCUGAAAACAGUAUCAUUUAUCACUAUCAAUUAGUUAUUCCUGUGGUAGGUUUAGAUUAAAACAAGCCUGCCAUGUUUCCAUCAUGAGUGUAGCUGGUUGCAUAAAGGCUGUGCCAAUAUCAUCUUUGAUAACAUGGCUAGUAAUCUCCCCUGCGCCUUGUCAGAUUAGAAAUGAUUCGAAUCCUAUUAUACUGAUGCACAUGCAUGAUACACUUGCAAGGACAGGAUGGAUCGGUCUGCUUGCUCCACUUGUUUACUCAAGUACUUAUGUAAAAUGCACAUUUUGGUUUCAGCAGGGCUUUAGAGGCCUUCCUGUUUUAGACUACAAGGCUAGAUCAAGCACAGAGUUAUCCGAAGAAGCUUCUAUCACAGAGGCUGAUCACAUGAUCUGGGAUCUGUGAGGCUAUUUUUCUCCACAGCAGUAUUGUGACUUGAAAUUUUGAAACCCCAACACAAAGGUUAGAGGUCACAGAGCAGGGUUGCGGUUGCGGUCAUGGCUUCUGGAAGUACGAGCAGCGAAGAGGAGCGGAGCCUGAGGGAGUGUGAGCAGUAUGUGCAGAAACAUAACAUUCAACAGCUGCUGAAGGACUGCAUUGUCCAGCUGUGCACCUCCAGGCCAGACAGGCCCAUGGCCUUCCUCAGGGAGUACUUCGAGAGGCUGGAAAAGGAGGAGGCCAAACAGAUUCAGAACCAGCAAAAGGCCAGCAGUUCCCGUUCAGACUCACGUGAUGAGGAGGUGUCUCCCCCCAUGAAUCCUGUGGUAAAGGGUCGCCGGCGGAGAGGAGCCUUCAGCGCAGAGGUCUACACAGAGGAGGAUGCAGCCUCAUAUGUCAGAAAGGUCAUUCCAAAAGACUACAAGACGAUGGCAGCCUUGGCCAAAGCUAUUGAAAAGAAUGUGCUCUUCUCACACCUGGACGACAAUGAGAGGAGUGACAUAUUUGAUGCAAUGUUUCCAGUCACCUACAUCGCAGGGGAAACAGUCAUUCUGCAGGGUGACGAAGGUGACAAUUUCUAUGUUAUUGACCAAGGGGAGAUGGAUGUGUAUGUGAACAAUGAAUGGGUGACUAGCAUCGGGGAAGGAGGCAGCUUUGGAGAGCUGGCCCUGAUAUACGGCACCCCAAGGGCAGCUACAGUUAGAGCCAAGACCAAUGUGAAGCUGUGGGGCAUUGACAGAGACAGCUACAGGAGAAUACUUAUGGGAAGCACUUUGAGAAAGAGGAAGAUGUACGAGGAAUUCCUCAGGAAAGUGUCCAUUUUAGAGUCUCUUGACAAAUGGGAGCGUCUUACAGUCGCUGAUGCCUUGGAGCCCGUCCAGUUUGAGGAUGGACAGAAGAUUGUAGUGCAGGGAGAGCCUGGGGAUGAAUUCUUCAUCAUCUUAGAGGGUUCUGCAGCCGUGUUGCAGCGUCGCUCAGAGAACGAGGAGUUUGUGGAAGUGGGGAGGUUAGGACCAUCUGACUAUUUUGGUGAGAUCGCUCUGCUGAUGAACCGUCCCCGCGCCGCCACCGUGGUCGCCCGUGGCCCCCUGAAAUGCGUCAAGCUGGACCGGCCCCGCUUCGAGCGCGUCCUGGGUCCCUGUUCAGACAUUCUCAAACGUAACAUCCAACAGUACAACAGCUUCGUCUCGCUGUCUGUCUGAAGGGGUGCGUCUCUCCCUGCCCUCCCUCCCUCUCCUUCCGCCCUUUUCCCUCUUUUUAUUUUAUAUUUUUUUUUCCUUUUAGACCCAGGGUCCACAAUGCAAUUUGCUUUUUGUCACUUUCUUCUUCUUUUCUGUUUGCUUUCCUCCCUUUUGUUUUCUUUUGUUUUACACACAGAGAUCAUUUUGUUGUAACCACCCGUCACGCAGACGUGACUUUCAGCCAUUCACCAGCGCUUGUACCAGCUGCUGUACGCUACCUUGUAGGCACAGUUACAUCACAUGUUACCUAUGUUAUAUAUGUAUUAGCUGGUUACACUUUCUUUUUUUAGACUUAAACACCAAGCUGGAUUGUUGUGAGAUCUGAAAGACAUUAGGGUUUCCGACUGACGAGACAGGACAAUCAACCUUUACAUGGCGCUUUUGGUGAAUUUGUUAUGGAUUUAUGUUGUAGAUUGAAGUGAAGAGAGGACUGCUUCUUCCCCGUUAAAGAGCUUCCUUUUUGACAUCAGUUAGCCUGAUUAUAUAGACAGCGUAGAGCAGAACCUAGAAUACUGUAGAAGGCAGAAAGAAUAUGAUUGCAUCAAACUUUGUCAGACAUUUUUAGGUUUCAGCUAUAUGAUGGUUGUACUUACUUAUUGUUUUUGGUUACCUUUGAUUGGUAUGAUGAAACACGGAUGAGUCUGUUUUGCUGAGUUCUAGACAGCUUGCACAACGUACGUUUUUUGUUUUUUAUUUUAAUGUGCAGCUACCAGGCUAGUGCCAAAUGUCUAACUGUCACAACGCAAAGAUGCAUAGCCUUGGAAAUGCCAUGCGUGUUCUGUUCCCUGACUAUUUGGAGCUCCAAACAGGAAGUAGUUAUAACCCUUAUUGUCCUCGUAAUCGGUAGAACGACCAUACAAUAACUGCCUUGACUACUCUGAGGAAGAAAUAAAAAAAAAAAAAAAGAAAGGAAAAAAAAAAAAACAAGAGUAUUACGUGUAUUUCAGUAUUCAAUUUUUUUAGUAUAUACCAAAUAACUUGGUCACUCUUCUGCUAUGGUUUGUAAUCAAAAUGUUAUCAUAGUAUAGUUAAAAUGAUCAUAGUUAUAUUAUUAUCAUUGACUAAAUGAUAAACUUAUGGUUUGGAGUGAUGGUGAUCUUAAAAAAAACAAAACAAACAAAACGUUUAACUGUCUUUUGUAAACACUUAUUUUUCCAUAAAUUCUAUUUUAGGUGUCCAGUGCCACAAAGUAAAUAAAUGCUUCUUCUUGUCAACUGACAAAACAGUAUGUAAUUGUAUUGUGUAAAACGUCUUGGGAUAAAACUUUUUAAAAAUAGAUCAAAUGGCUAAUUAAAGGUUUAUUGAAGUGAAGUCUUGGAAAAAAAAAAACAAGAUGGUUUACGGAUUUCAGGACAUCGGAAGUAUUUAUGUAUCAAAGCAUCGCAGGUGAGCUGACAGGCAAUGUGAGCAGAUAUUUAUUUAAAACUAGUGUCAUUGCUUAUUGCCUGUUGAAAAGGUGGCUAUAUUUUCAUCAGAGUAGCUUGUGAUCUGUUCUUUAUGCUUAUUUGGCAUGAUGUUUUAGGCAUCCAGUGAUCCGGUAUGAAUGGAAGCGUGUAUUAAAAAGCGCGGCCUGCGGCUGCGUGCAGAAGCGGGAUCUUAUUAUUAUUAUUUGGUUUGUUACGCCCAAGCUUAACUGCUUCAUGACUAUUUAGAUGGCAUAAAAUGUUUAGUCUGUCUUUUAUUUUGUUUUUAUUUUUUAAAGAUCUUUACCAAAUCAUACAAUGUUGACUUCUGGAUUAUAGGCUUAACUCUUCAUUCCUGCCUCACUUGUCUGUUACCAGAAAUGACAUAGAACCAGUCACAUGUCCGUUUCAAUUCUAUCUCAUUCAGAGCACUUGCUUGGAAUCAAGGCGAAUGUUUGUAUGUCCCAAAAGAUUUGACUUUAGUGCCGAUUGCAGGGUAGUCAGGUUAGUGAGAAGAGUUUUUGUCAAUGGACAUGAGUGUAUUUUUCUUUACUGUUUACUUGAUCAUCUUCAUCUGGUCCCCCCUAACCCUGAGGUCAUCCUCGUGGAUUUGGUUACAUGUGGAUUUGUGUCCAUUGACAGCACAUCCUGUUUGUUCUGAUUCACAGGAAAUGACUCCGUUAGGGGCGAAGGUUUGACUCGCCUUCGUCAAAAAUAUUGUUUUCAUGUAAAUAGCGGCAUCAUCGGUUUUAGUCCAAAAUGUUUUUAAACCACACUGCAAUCGUCCCGGUUUGCCUUAGCUUACCUAACCUGGGCUUACAGUAGUAGUCAGUCACUCCUGCUAGCCCGACCUUCAGUGAGUUUGUUAGGCCUGCAGUGCAGAGAACUGCAGGCGAUCAGAGGACCAUUCUUUUUCUAUUCUACCCUGUAUUCAGUUUGACCUCCUGUAUGUGCAAAGAUGUUUAUCCUUUUGGUAUAGAUUGUUCCAGAUGGCAGUUUAAGCAAUAAAAAGUAAAAAUGA